AUGUCUUCUGUGAGAGCUCCACUAGACAAGGAUACUACAGUGGUUACGCUAAGCAAUGACAUAGUGGAGCAGAUCAAACAGUUGAGCACGACCAGAGUCAAGCUCGUCGUAGCCAAUGGAAACUACUAUGUAAAGGUCCCCAGUCGAGCAGAGGAGUCUACAGAGUACUAUGUCAAUUUGGCCCAAAAGUUCAAAACCAAGUAUCAAGAGUAUAUUGACUUGUACAAUAGCAAGAAGGAUUUGAAAAAGUUGGUAGAGUUGCAUAAUAUGUUGGCUGAUUGGAAGGCACAGUUGUGGGAAAACACUAUGUGGAAAUAUAUACAAGGUGGCAUUGCUGCUGUUGCUGGUACCCAAGAGCCAGAGUAUGGUCCCGAUGCCAUUCACCCCAUCACCAAACGUAUUCCUGAGGAUUUCAAGUCAGAAAACAAGGUUUCACGUCCUACAAAGUCCGCCGAUUUCACAUGGCAGAAACCCAACUACACCAAUGUCGAGACUCAAACUUUUUAUUUCACCGAUUUGGCCACCAAUAAUGUUGGAUUUUGUCAAUUGAUUCAUUCAAACAUUAUGGGUGUUCACACCACUGCCCAAUUUACUUUUCGUCUCUAUAACAUCAAAGACCCAUCAAAGACGAUUUGGACCAGUACCAAAUUGGAGAAUUUCAAGAUUGUCGAUGGCGUCAAUUUCGAGGCUGAUAAUUUGAAAUUUGAAAUGGUUGAUUCAAAAACUUAUAAAUUGAGAUCAUUUGUUUGUAAUGAAUCGAUUGUUGAGUUGGAAGUUGAGAGAUUAACCGAUGGCGUCAUUUUCGGCGAUGAUGGAAUGACGUUUUACGGUGAUGAUAUAAAUCAACCCUGGGGGUCAAUGAGACAUCUUUUUUGGCCCAGAUGUAGCAUCAAUGGUCGUAUCUUGACCAAGAAAUUGGGCGAGGUGAAGAUCACCAAUGGGUACACCAUGUUUGUAAUGGCUUUGCAAGGAAUGAAGCCGCACCAUGCUGCUAAAUCAUGGAAUUUUAUGAAUUUCCAAAGCAGUAAUUAUGCUGCUGUCCAAAUGGAGUUUACCACUCCUAAAUCAUACGCCAAUACCAAGGUCAAUAUUGGAAUUGUAACUGAUAAUGAAAAGAUACUUGUUGCAACUAUUGAUAAUGAGGUUGUUCAUUUGAAUUCUGAAGUUGAUUCGGUUGGAUGGCCAGUUCCCAAACAGAUUGAAUUCAAGUUUCCUGUUGGAGGCUACAAGGUUACUGGAGAGUUGAAGAAUAUGAUUGAGAGAAUAGAUGUGAUGGCUGAAAUUCCACAAUUUGUGAAGAAUAUUGUGAAUGGUGUUGCUGGUGCCAAGCCUUAUAUCUACCAAUACAGCAAUGAAUUUGAGAUUGAAGAGAACGGCAAAGCACCCGAAAAGGGUAUAGGGUUUACUGAGGUUACGUUUAUCUCGGAAUAA